AGUAGUGUUACAAUAUUCCAAUAAGAGCUAUCGAUAUUCUGUUUUGUUGGUGAGAAAAUAAAAGGGAAAAUGAUAAGGUGGGAAGAUGUUUAUAAGGUGGUGGCGGCGAUGACGCCGCUAUAUUUUGCGCUCAUGUUAGGGUAUGGUUCGGUGAAGUGGUGGCGGAUAUUUAAGCCGGAGCAGUGUGAUGCCAUAAACCGCCUGGUUUGUUAUUUCAUUCUACCUCUGUUUACUCUGGAGUUUACGGCGAACAUCAAUCCUUUCCAAAUGAACUAUCGGCUUAUUGGGGCUGACGUGAUUUCGAAGUUGAUCGUUGUGGUGGUGCUGGCGUUUUGGGCUAAUUGUAGUAGUAAAGGAACUUACGCCUGGUCUAUUACUAGUUUCUCCUUAGCUACCUUGACGAACACGCUUCUCAUCGGAGUGCCCAUAAUGAAUGCUAUGUAUGGGUCAAUGGCCGUUGAUCUUGUCGUGCAGUUGGCGGUGGUACAGGCGAUUAUAUGGUUUCCGAUUAUGCUGUUUGUGUUGGAGUUUCGGAGGUCGAGAAUUUCCAUUUCUUCUGGUAAAGAGGAUGCUGGUGGAGGUGAGAAGGAUUUGGAAAGAAGCACAGAUGUGGCGGUGAGCGGCCGGCCGCCAUCGUUCUGGAUGUUGAUGAAGGUCGUGGGAUUGAAACUUGCUAAGAAUCCUAGGUGCUAUGCAUGCACCGUCGGUCUUGCUUGGGCUUUUCUGGCAAGCAGGGAUCUUCAUGGCUUUGCAGGAAAAGUUGAUAGCCUGCGGUACAAGCCUGACUAUUUUUGGGAUGGUUUUGAGGUUCAUUGCAGGACCCGCGUCCACCGCUAUUGGCGCCGUUGCUGUGGGUCUGCACCGCGACGUUUUCCACGUCGCCAUCAUUCAGGCAGCAUUGCCACAAUCUAUUGCAACCUUCAUCUUCGCCAAAGAAUAUGGAUUACAUGCAGAUGUCUUGAGUUCUGCGGUAAUCUUUGGAACCAUAGUGUCCCUUCCGGUAAUGAUCGCUUAUUACGCAGUUAUGGAGUCG